UGGUACACUCCAAACAAAGCGGUGAGCGCGUGAGCGACUGAACCGAGCUCGAACCACGGGUGUGAACGGAAGCGGGUUCGGGUCAGUGGCGCUCCCUGAGGAGAGAAACUGUUAAACCGGAUCAUGAUUCAGAGCAAAAUUGUUCGUUUCUGCAAAGGCUAGUGCAUCUGUUUGGUUCUGCAUCCGUGACUGUGUGCGUAAGGUGUGAAGGAAAGCUGGAAUUCACCUGUUAUGGUUCUCUUGAAUAGAAAAAAAUGGCCGUGAAAUUCGGCAGAGGUGUUCAAAUGAAAUGACGGGAUUACAGGAUACCGCGCAAAAUGAUGCUGAGGUUGAAACUCCAAUAGACGCAUCAGCACCGUGUAGGAAAUGAACAACUCCUGAUGAGCGGAGGAGGUGAGCAGCAUGGCAAUGGCAUAACAGUGUUAUCUAUCUUGGUGUUAUGCCUAGAGUGUUGGAGAAGACAGGAGGGGUGAGCACUGAUCAUUAAAAACAAGAAAAGAAAAAUGCAAGGUAAAUAGUCUUGGAUGGGAAAUUCCUCUUGACCUUUUCUGACCCACCCAUCCUCAUUAUUGUCUCCCCCAACUCUGACUACUACAACGUCUCCCACUUGACCAUCAUGACCUCCACAGCCCAGCUGCUGGCUUUUAAGCUCGCCCCACCAUCUCAGGGUGGGAGCGAAAACAGUUUUUUUAGCUGUGAUGAAGAGAUCGAGCGGCGUUAUGAAGUUGUUCCUUCUGUCGUCUGCUCCAUGUGCUGCCUCUUCGGCAUCAUCUAUUGCUUCUUCGGCUAUCGGUGUUUUAAGGCUGUAAUGUUCCUCACCGGCCUGAUGUUCGGCUCCAUCAUUAUUUUCAUGCUGUGCUACAAGGAACGAGUGAUGGACACACAGCUCAGCGUGGAGGCCAGUGUGGGCAUUGGGCUGGGCAUCGGGACACUGUGUGGCCUCGUCACCAUGCUGGUGCGCAGCGUUGGGCUCUUCAUGGUGGGCCUACUGCUGGGCUUGCUGGUGGCACUGGCCUCCUUGGUAGUGUUGGAGGAGUUCUACCACCCACGCACGGUGUGGCUUCCGCUGGGCGUGCUGCUCGGUUCAGGCAUGCUUUUCGCCGUGCUCACCCUGCAGUGGCAGCGCUGCUUCACAACACUCUCCACGGCUGUGUUCGGCUCAGCCAUCGUCACCGUGACUGUGGAUUAUUUUGUGGAGCUGUUCGCACUCACACACUACAUCUAUGAAAGGGUGAAGGUGGCCCCGGCUCAGCCUGUGUGUUGGUACACGUGGGUGGUGAUGGGCGUGUGGCCUGUGCUUGCCCUGUUGGGCGUCCUCAUUCAGUGGAAGGUGACUGCAGAUGGAUAUUCGCAUACCGAAGUGUUUAUCAGUCAUCAGCAGAGGCGGCUGCAGCUGAUGAAGAUUCGCCAGAAGGAGGAGAGAAGAGAGAGCAGAAAAAAGAAGAAGAAACAACAACAGAAACCUCAGCAGCAACAUCAGCAGCAGAAACAGAAGCCAAAAUAUCACCAUCCUCCCCAGUCUAAUCCUCAUACCACCAACCCACCUGCAAAAGUCCAGCCUCAAGAACCCACGUAUCGCAGGAAACCCAACCCCACACGCCGCUAUGAUGGAGAUGUACUCUCUCCGAGCUAUAUUCAGCAUUUUCGGGACAGACACGUGGACAGACGAGGCUACUCUCAUGGCAGACUGAUCAGCGGCUCUCAUACAGUGGAUAUAGACUAUGACUGCGGCUCUCAGGUCCCUCUGACCGCCCAUACAGGACCAGCAGUGAGAGUGUGAUCCUGCCCCCUUGUGUUCAGUUUGGUGUUCCAACCAGGCCUGUUUCUACUGUAUGCUGUCCUCAGUUCAGAGUCUCAAAGGAGAAGAAGUAUUUAUACAGGGGACUCACAUGCCAUUUGUUAUAAGUGAUGCACUGGGGAGAAUAGUUUUUGCCAAUAGCCUUAUUUAUCAGGGCUCUGACCGAAAUGGUUUCUCUUUUCCUAGAUUGAAAUUGUGUACUGUUGAGGUUGUGUGCAUAAUUGUGUGUGUGUGUGUGUGGGUAGGUGGCCCUCCAGACCUUUAUUUGACUGCACACCUUCCCUUGGCAAACAGAAUGGGCUCACUACUGCAGCAGCCAUUUUAAAGAUUGGACAUUAUUCAGGCUGUGCGGUGGACCAAAUACGGCACGGCUCUGAAGCCUUGCUAUCCGCAUAAAUCAUACACGUUUACGCACAAACAGCAUGUUUAACAGCAGCAGACUUUAUGACUCAUGCAGUACAGAAAUAUGCCCAGUUAUGGAAAUGCACUCUAUUCACAGAUUGUUGUUUACAGUACAGAUGAGGCCAUAGGUACAUUUUACACCAGAAGAAAACUGUAUGCUUGAUUUUUCAGGACUAAUGGUCUGAUUCUGUGCGCUCCUUCAAGGAAAGGCUCUUAAGGGGGCCCUUACUGAAUCAUAUUCUGCCAAGCAUGUGUAUGAGCCGGUGUUUGUUUUAACCUGGUCAGGUGAUUUUUGGGUGUUUGAGGCAUUGUUUAUUGUCUAAUUAAGACCAAAUUUAGCUCUAAUUAUGUCCCAUACGGCUUAGUUAAAGCUUCGUGCAGCGACUCUCAUUAGACCUGCUGGGGAUAAGGCAUUACUGGAUUACCCUGAUGAUGCAGGUAACACUGUGAACACUGCGGGAGUUUUUAUACAAAUGAUUUAAAGUGUCCUUGUCUACUGUGACAGUUUUUCAAUGAGACCAAGGUAUUGAUUGAACAAGAGUGAAGAUUUAUAGUAGUGGACCAGCCACAUUAAACAGGGAUUACAUAUGUUCAUGUGUGUUUGAGAGUGAGUGAGUGUGUUUCUGUGUUUGUGUAUGUUUCUGGGGAGAAGAAUGUGCAUGUGUAUGUAGGAGGGGUAUGGAAAAGGAGGUCAAUGUGAUAAUUUGUGUUAUUUGAAUUUGUUUACAUCCUGCCUCUUCCGCUGGUCGAUGUGUCAUUUAUUUUCCGGUCUUGUCCGAUCUUGGAACUGUAAAGAACUGAAACACUCAGCCUCGCUCUGUUUACUGUCUUUUACCACUGCAGCAUCUGUUGCCCCUGGACAUUUUGUACAUUUAGUUGAAUGCUGAACAUAUUUGUACAUAUUAUACCACUAGUGUCAUGAUUUGUAUUGUGUAUUUUUCUCUGAUUAAUACUUAAUUACAUCUGAAUGCUGAUGCAGUGUCAUCAUGUGUCUGCUGGGUCUAUUUAUAUUUCAGCAUUUUUGUUGUCUAAAAAUGACUGUUGGAUGAAGUGGGUCAGAAGGAGAUGAUGAGCCUAUGUUGCUUAUUAUGAUUAUGAUGAUGAUUAUUAUUAUUGCAUGUAUUUGUAUAAACAUGAGUAUGAUAAAAUGCUUCUAAAAACUUUA